AUCCUGUUCUAUGAUUAAACGUCUAUUUAAAAAUGAUAGGCCAUCCGGUCCGGUCAGCAGUUUACUCGAUAAACCCGAAUAUAUAUAAAUUCAAAUGUUAAACAUUGAGCGCCGGCUAAAGAAGCCCUUCUGUCGUCAGGAAAAGAAAUAAGCGAUCAGGCUACUGUGUUGGAGCUGCGCGCAUGCGCAAAUUGAGCCCCGGAGCCGCAGGAAAGCAGCGCUGGUAAGCCAAAUGUCAGUUUCCUAAAUGUUGCCAACGCCUUUACUUUCACGUUUGUAAGUAUUUUAAAGCGGACCAGGAGAUGCUGUUCACCUCGCCUCAUAAGAACGGGCUCCGCGGUCCAACACAAGAAAAAGGGAGCCACCAAUGAGUGGCAAAGUAAACAUGGACACUCAACCCAAAGAAGCUGACGGUACAACUACUGACCCAUCGCCCUCCCCUGCCGGCGAGACCAUCCUCAUCUGUGACAAUGUCGCCAAGAAAGCACGAGCCAUGCCCCACGCCACCACCACCACAGCUCUCCUCUUGCCAGCUCCUCCUGGUCACCAGAAAGUGGAACUGACUCAAGCUCUCGCUGUGGCAAACCCAGGUAAAGGCAGCAGACCAAAUGAGAUAGCUGCUCCCACCCUGACAGCACAGGUUGGGGGGGCUUGUAGCAUCGUCCAUGUCCUCGAGUGGAAGGAGGGGAUGGCCAUUCUGCCCAGUAGCAACCUCAAGUUCUGUGUGAGUGAUGUAGGCACUCUGAGCACGCUGAUAACCCCAGGGACCACCAGCGGCCCCACUGACCCAGCGGCAGGGACGUCUGGACGGUCCAUCGGGGCAGAAAGCCCGCCGGACAAACCAGCUCCAGAAGUGUCUGUCCCUGUCGGUACCGUGAGAGCCGCCGCCGCCGCUGCUGUGGAGCCAGAGAGGCUGGUUCCUGUCAAACCCGAGGCCCAGGUGGGGCCGGAGCAACAGAACCACAAUCCAAGAGCACAAAGGAGCUACGUGGAGGAGCUCCGCAGGGACCCUGUCUCAGACAAGAGAAGUGUCAGCGUGGAGAAGGUGCCUGCAGGUGGGAGGGUCUCCUCUCUGAACCCAGACCACCUGAAGCCCAUGAGGAAGAGGAAGAGGAAGGAGUACCUGAGUCCGUCCGAGGAAGACUCUGACAUGGAGGGAACGGAUGAGAAGAUGGAUUAUUCUAAAGCAGAUGGUCGACUCAUCAGAGGAGGUGGAGACAGUAAAACUGAACAAUGGACCUGGACUCAGUAUCUGGAGGAAACCAAAUCUGUUGCUGCCCCCAACAAGCUCUUCCAUGAGGCGCAGACCGUCCCCACUGUGAAGAACGGCUUCAAGCAGGGGAUGAAGCUGGAAGGCAUCGACCCGCAGCAUCCUUCCAUGUACUUUGUUCUGACCGUGGCUGAGGUGUGCGGUUACCGGCUGCGGCUCCAUUUUGACGGUUACUCUGACUGCCACGACUUCUGGGUGAACGCAAACUCUCCCGACAUCCACCCGGCAGGCUGGUGCGAGAGCACGGGACACAAGCUGCACAUUCCGAAAGGUUGUAAGGAGGAGGAGUUCACAUGGACCAACUAUCUGAGGAUGACUAAAGCUCAAGUUGCUCCCAAAGAACUUUUUGCCAGUCCUGGGAGGAUGGACGUAAAGUGUGGCUUUGAGACAGGAAUGAAGCUGGAAGCCGUCGACCGGAUGAAUCCCUCGCUCAUCUGCGUGGCAACCGUCACAGACGUGGUUGACAACCGUUUCCUGGUUCAUUUUGACAACUGGGAUGAUACGUACGACUACUGGUGUGACGCCAGCAGCCCGUACAUCCAUCCUGUUGGUUGGUGCCAGGAGAGGAACCUUCCGCUGACGCCGCCCCAAGUGUUUUCUGCUGCACCAGAUUAUCCCGAUCCCGGACAGUUUUCCUGGUCUCGGUACCUGGAGGAGACCGGCGCCAAGGCUGUGGCUGCCGACGCCUUUAAAGUGAGGCCUCCUCACAGCUUCCAGCCUCAGAUGAAACUGGAGGCCGUGGACAAGAGAAGUCCUGGUCUGAUCCGAGUGGUGACAGUGGAAGAAGUGGAGACUCAUCGCAUUAAGGUGCAUUAUGAUGGUUGGAGUCACGUCUACGACGAGUGGAUGGACUCAGAUCACCCAGACAUCCACCCAGCAGGGUGGUGCGAAGCGACUGGCCACCCGCUGAAAGUUCCUCCUCGGGACGCGAAAAGUCAGCAGCCGCAUGGUGUGAGAGAGCCUCCUGCUCUGGGUCAGAACACCUACCCCACCACGGUCCCCUGCAAACCCAUCAGCCACCCCAGAACCAACAAGUACAGUUUCCACAACAGGAAGUGCCCAACCCCGGGUUGUGAUGGUUCAGGUCAUGUGACCGGUCGGUUCACGGCCCAUCACUGCAUAUCCGGCUGCCCGUUGGCCGAGCGCAACCAGGGAAGGCUGAAGGCCGACCUGUCGGACUCCGAGUGCAAGAGAAACGUCUUCAUUGGCCAGAGGUCUAAGAAAACUCAUUACCGCGGCAGGAUUGGUCGUCCACCCAAAUACAGAAAGAACCAACAGAGGGACUACCAGAACAUGUCCUCAGAGGGAGUCUACCCGUCCCUGUUCAUGUCGGCUCUGACCGGUCAGUCCGACCGGACUCUGUCUCUCUGCUGGGAGCAGCACUGUAAGCUGCUCCCGGGCGUUCAGGGCAUCCAUGCCAGCCAGGUGGCAGCAUGGAGCGUCGAUGAGGUCUUCAGGUUCGUCCAGAAUUUGAUUGGCUGUGAAGAACAGGCUCGUCUCUUCAAAGAGGAGAUGAUUGACGGGGAAGCUUUGCUGCUGCUCACCCAGACUGACAUCGUGAAGAUAAUGAGCAUCAAGCUGGGGCCCGCCCUCAAGAUCUCCAACGCCAUCCUCAUGUUCAAAACCACAGACGAGGGGCUCAAGUGAUAUCACCUCCGCUCACCGGAGCGAGGCGUCGAUCAUUGUGUGCCAAAUCCAUUCUGUAGCAGGGUCAGAAAGGAACCCUGAAUACGUUUUUCCAUGUGUUUGGUGUCUUGUGCCCAUCAGAGAGAGGGAUGGGAAAAAGGGGGAGACUGGAGUAGACGGGAUAGAAACAAAGCUGGGAAGGUUGGAUAAAUGGAGACCGCUUGUACAGCUGACAGAGGAAAACGGUGACUUCCUGUACGAGAGCUCAAAUUCAACACAAUAGCUGGGUUUAGCAGAAAGUAUUGUAAUCGAAAAGUUUACGUGGAGGACAGAUUUGAACGGAGGGAAGAAAAAGGGGGCGCGAUUUAAAAUAAAAUACAACAACGCAGACAAAACACCUGAAUUAUUAUACUUGAAUUAAAUGAAGGAAAGAAAACGGAAAAAUGAAAGAGACGGGAAAAGUGGACAGUCUAGAACGUGGGUAGAAAAAGUAAGAAGGAGGCGUUCAUUGCAGUAAAGGAGGCCGGAUGGUGAGGCCUCUGCAGGCUUCACAUUUUGUGCAAUAAUAAAUUCAAAGAAGGGGUCUGCACGGAAACAGAUGCCUCGCUGUUGCUUGGUAACAGCAUAAAAUACUUAAUUAAACACAUACAAAUAAGCUACUUUAGUCAGACUGUUACGUGCACACAGACACUCGAGUAUUAUAAUCAGAAGUUCAAGUUGUUUGUACUUAAAUGUCUCCAUUGAGAGUUAGAAAACAGCACAGGCUUUGAGCUUAUUUUUUUUCCUAAUGGAAAAACGAAUCCGCGUUUUAGCACAAUUGUAAAAUCCGGACGGUGCAGUGGUACCGCGAGCCGCCACUAGAGAGUGCAAAAACCCACAUUUAGCACUAUAAACACGUGUUUGGUGUCCAGCAGGUUUCCUUGUGGUCGGCGCUCCGUUUAGAGUGCGCAUCUGUUUACAUUUUGUGUCAGGUUGGCUGAGACACUGUAUGAGGUUGAAAUUGUGUGAAAAGAGUUUUAUGUUUUAAGGGCUUUCGGAAUAUCUGUUUUGUCUCUCUGGUGGGAUUUCUCUGUGUGUGCGAGAGCGCGCGCGCGUGUAUGUGUGUGUGGAAGAAAAUGAAGAUAAUCUUGAGUCACAAACGCCAUCCAAUACAUUCAAAAGAAUAAAACAUCCA